AUGCGCAGUAACUUCCAAUACGUUCCUCUCAUGAAUGGCAACCGUGCCUAUAUUCGUAUCGAUGGUGUUCAGACUGGUAGCUUCAAGACAUCAGGCAAGACCACAUUAGUUGCACGUGUUGGACCAAGAAAUAAUUUCAUGGGUCACGCAGCCGAAUUCAACGAAAGGAGCCACCCAGACAAGACAUGGGAAUUCAGAUACAAUGAUCCAUCAAGAUCAUCCUUCGUCUUCAUUCUCUUCAAGAAGCAUUUAUUUGGAGGAGAUGAAGAAAUUGGUGAAGUUGAACUUAGCCUUAAUGCUUUCGAACCAAAUUCUGUUGUCUCUACUGAAUUUCAGCUUCAAUCUCCAAACAAACAAUCAAUUCCAGCUCGUGCAAGAAUCUCAGUCCACCUUUCUGAAGAUGGAUCUGAGCCAUUCGAUGCUCCUGAAAAUGGAAAACUUGUUGGAGAUGCAGUAAUUCCACACAAGCAGACUUACUUCAAUUAA